CUUACCAUGUUGAUUAGUUAUUCUUAAUGGUUUAAUCUUUGGAUGAUUUUCACCUUUUCAAUGAUGACUUCAACGCUGAAAACAAUUGUGAGCAAGAAAAAAAAGCGUUACCAGGCAAAUGGAUUUGACUUGGAUCUUUCAUAUAUCCUACCUAAUUUAAUUGCAAUGGGAUUUCCAGCCGAAAGGCUUGAACGUGUUUUUCGUAAUAACAUUGAAGAUGUAGUUAAAUUUAUGGAAGCCAAACACAAGGAUCAUUAUUUUAUCUACAACCUUUGCUCCGAGAGGAGUUACGAUCAUUCAAAGUUUCACAAUCGAGUUUCUGUUUUUCCAAUUGAUGAUCAUAAUCCACCUCCUUUUGAAUUAAUUAAACCAUUUUGCCAAGAUGUUUACCGUUGGUUAAAACAAGAUUCUCGUAAUGUGGCCGCCAUCCAUUGUAAAGCAGGAAAAGGUCGCACCGGUGUAAUGGUUUGUGCUUACAUCCUUCACACCAAUAAAGAUAUGGAUGCCGAUUCAGCGUUAAACCUUUAUGCUGAAAAGCGAACUCAUAAUAGGCGAGGUGUUACAAUACCAAGUCAACGUCGGUAUGUUCACUAUUAUGAAAGGCUAGUCAAAAGUGGUCUUGACUAUAUGAAGAUUCCACUUUACAUUCGUUGUAUUCGUAUGGAUCCUAUGCCACUUUCCCUUAAAACAAAUUUAGUCCCAUCGGUUGUAAUUUGGGAAGGUAAAGAAAUCGUUUUCAAAGGAUGUUUAGUAUGGAGACGAUGGCAAGAUACUGGAAUUUAUACUGAAUUUCAUUCUCCCGUAAGAUUAAAUGGUGACAUUAAAGUGGAAGUUUACAAUGGUAAAAUUGAUUUUAGUGCAAAUCAUAACAAAGUGAAAGGAGAUAGAAUGUUUACUUUUUGGUUCAAUACUUUUUUUGUUAAAUUAGAAUCAUCAUCUUCUACUUCAUCCACAUUACCAUCAUCAAUCUCAUCAUCAACUCUAUUAUCACCAACAUCCAACAAUCUUACUACCACUACUUUAACACAACACCAACACCAACAAUCCCCACCAUCAGCACCAUUAGUAAAUCAGACACAACAACAACAACAACAACCAUUGGCAACAACUACAAUCCUAGAUAAUAUUAAAUCAACCUUUAAUCCACUUAACCACUUUAUGUCUAAACCUGUACCCAUCCCGUUGUCAACCGAUUCUAGUAACACUUUUGGCAAUCCAGGAGUUGUAACAUCAGUAUCUUCACUUGUAGUUGUAACCAAUAAUAAUAAUGGUAAAAUUCCAGGUAAAUUUAAGGUAACAUCUUCAUCACCCUCUUCGCCAUCUUCUUCUUCAACCAAUACCACCUCUUCCCAUAGAUUGAGGUCUCGAUCAACCACAAAUUCAUACGUAAUGAUGCUUAAUAAUUCUGAGAACUCAACACCUCACGAUGAGAACAAUAAAUCAUCAAGUGCUUCCUCUCAUCAUCACCAUAAUCAUCAUAUUCUCCAUCAUCACAUCAAUAGUAAUGGUACAAUUUGCAUAUCACCUUCAUCAAAUCUUACUUCCAAUUAUAACUGUGUUACAACAAUACCCAAAGUGAAUGGGAUCUCAUUCAAAUCGAUUUCAGAUCAAUCCUCUUCACUACCAUUACAACAAUCACAAAAUCACCAACAGCAAAACCAACACCAGAACCAACUACAAUUACCAACCCAAACACAAGCCCAACAAUCCCAACAACAAAUCCAACAACAACAACAACAACAACAACCAACAGCAAACAAAGGAAAACCAUUGAUUUAUAAUAACUCAUCUUCAUCAUUCAACUCAUCUUCUAUUAUCGACCCCAGGAAAAACUCACUCUCUGGUUCAAAUAAAAGUGAAUUAACUCUUCAAGAAGAGUUUACUUUAAAUCUUAAGAAAGAAGACUUGGAUAAAUUAAGUAAAAGUACCAAUCCUGAUUUCCAAGUUAGUAUCAAAUUCUCGAUGUAAAUGUCAAAAUAUUAAUUAAAAAUAAGUUUUGCAUAAAAUUACAUCAGUGGAGAUCAUCAUCAUCAUCCCACCGAGAGAAAGAAAAUGCAGAAAAGUUAAUUGUGAAACAAUUUAUUUAGUUUCCUUUUUGUGCAAAACAACAAACAAAACAAAACCUUUUAAAUUGUGAGAUUUUUUUUUUUUUUUCUCAAUAAUAAUAAUAUUAUUAUUAUAUUAACUCAA